AUGUUCGAUUCCUAUCAAACUGGAAGGCUGAACUCGACGAUAGCUGCCAUCGGCUUGGAGGACGAGUUUAUAGCCCUGGGGGGCGAUUCGGAUAAUGCCAUGAAGGUUGCCCGGCGCUGUCGUGAGGCCGGCCUCAGAGUUUUAACCGUCGAUAUCCUUUCCCAUCCGACCAUUCAUGAGCUCGUACGCUUUGUCGAGGCUAGGGAUAGUGGCGCUGACUAUGGUGACACCUGUGCCGGCCACAGCGGCCUUGCUCCCAAGGUAUACGAUGACGGCGACGAGCCGUUUGUCCUGAGCCUGGGCGAUCUGAGAUUGCCGCCAGAUUUAUGUCCGAACAACAUCGCCUACGUUAUGCCGUGCACGCCGUUGCAAGAGGACUACUGGCACCUUUUCUCGACGAACCCUGCGCCUGAGAGGCCAGGAGUCAUGACCAACUGCUUCGAGAUCAGCCGCCUAGACGGCCUGGGGACCGUUGAUCCCUACCAGGCCGCCGUGGCGUGGCAGAUGAUGGCCGACCACCACCCGAUGUUGCGCACGCGUUUCGUGCCGCUGGCCGAGUUGGGCGUUGCCCCCGGGCGUUUCGGCCCGCUGCCCCUCGGGACUAUUAUGCAGGUCGUGAUGCGGCGGUGGCGCGUCGACUGUACCGUCGUUCAUGUCGACUCGGACAGCGAGCAAGACAUCAAGCAAUAUAGCGCGGUGCACACGGCCAACUCGUUAUACAGGGCGAAACCCGCCGCCUGCGUGUCGGUCCGCCUCUUCGUCACGCCAGCGCGGCGCGUCUACAUGAACGUUUUCCUCUGGCACAUCUCGGCCGACUUUGUCAGCACCGGCGUAUUCAUGUCCGACUUUGAUCGUUUCUACCGCGGGAUCCUACCGAACCGCCCGGCGCCUGGCUUCGACCUCUACGUCCACGAACUCGGGCUCAUGACUCGGCGCGGUCAGGCGGACGUACAAGCUGGCACCCGAUACUGGAUUGACUAUCUUCACGGCGUCAAGUCGUGCCGGCUUCUGCCCCGACAUCUGGGCGUCGUCGACCGGCGAUCUUCGUCUGCUUACUCGGACCCCGAUGGCAAUGAGCUUACCUGUGUCACGAACCUAGGGAGGGUAUCUUGUCGCCUAUUCCUCUGCAGUAUGUAUGCCAAGUACUGCCGCGGGAGCCACGUCCUGCCCUCCACCAUUUUCCGCCUCGCGUACGCCCUGAACCUAUCCAAGUACACCGGCCAAGAGGACGUGUGUUUCACCUACAUCAUUUCGGAUCGUGACCGCGACAUCCCCAAUAUCGACAGCAUUUUUGGCAUGAUGAUGACAUACUUCUACGUCAAAAUUAGGGCAACACCGUCAGCCCGCUUGUCCGACUUGAUGCAGCAACUCCAUUACGACGACCUGGCCCACAGAAGACACAUGAUUUACCGCCCAACAGACGUCGCCCGCGCACUCGGCCAUGAUGACGAGUACGGCGUGCUCCCGGUAACAAAUGUGCGCUUCAACGACCGCCGCCUCGACGUCCCGCGAGGGCCCGAGCUUGGUUAUCGUGGCGUUAUCGCCAACCUGGUCCAAGAGGCGAGUACCUGUUUCCUUUGCCGUUGCAACUAUACCUCAGGGCUCUCCCUGCUAACUGUAAGGCAGCUCUCUAUGUCAUUGAUUCUGAUACCCAGUACGGAUAGGGACUAUGCGAGCGCCCAUUUCACCUUUAAGAAAGUCCAGUACUCGGAGGAGAGCGUGCAGCAAUUCGCUGACAUGUAUGCCUGCAUCUUCCACGCAGUGGCAUCGGGAUCAUUCGACACUGUUGCGGAUGUCAUGGCACAUAUGGAGAAUGGGGUUCCUGGGCUUCAAAAGAAGCCAAGCUAG